AUGGCACCGUGUUUGGCACUCUUUCUGAUCUGGGCUGGCGCAUCUGUAUUUCUACGCCUGGAGCCUGUGAAUGGAGUUCAGCAGCUGCCUGGGGACCUCAGCGGUUCUUUGGCAGUUAGCCCAGCUGGAGGCAGCAAGGUGUUUGCCCAGGGGCCUCCCGACCUGGUGCGGGAGAGGAGCGGUCCCUGGCUUCUUUCUCUCCAUCAUGGGUCCCCAUGGCCCUCCAGGUUCUGGUUCCUGAGCGAGCAUUGUUCUCUAAAUGCAGAUUAUAUAGGAAGAUGGAAAUACUGUAGCAGGAAAGACUUUGCCCGAUGUUACUUUCCCUUUAUCUAUCAUAACAAAGUUUAUAACAAUUGCACAACACUUGGGAGUUUUAAUGGGAAGCUUUGGUGCUCACUGUCUCCAAACUAUGACGAGGAUAAAGUUUGGAAGUAAUGCUAGCAAUCAAAGGUGCGCCUACCCAUGGCCUUGGGUGCCAUCAAGCAUUUGAAAAUCAAGAAAUCUCAAGUAUGAAAAUGAUGCCCUGAGUGACAGAGGUGCAAUCCUUUCCCUGCGACGCCACCACGUUCCCGCUGUGCAUGGGUCCAUCAA